UUCACACAAUAAAUACAAUUUACUAAGUAGAAAGAGAGAAGAAAAGAAAUUUUUUUGGUACAGAAGCAGAGUUGUACGCAUCCGAAGAAUAUAUCAUUAUCAAAUCUGUCAACUAAUGGAGUAAUUUGUAGGUAAAAGUGUUUAUUUCAAUUAUAAAAAUAGUGUGUUUGUGCUAUAUUAUCGAAAUCGGACCAAAUAUCGCUUCGGAUCACGUAGAUCGUACUCACUGUCAACCAUCGAUCCAAUUCCAUCAAUCAACAACAAGAACAAACACCACCACGACCAUUACCAAAAUCAUCAUCGCAUCAGAGCAUCCUUCGAGAUUUUAACAUUCAUUUGUGCACACCUUAAGAAGUCUUAAUGGAACGAGUUAACGAAGCUGGCAACGGUACUCCGGCCAAUGUAGAAAUUAUUCGUGGUCAGGCAUUUGAAGUUGGACCAAGAUAUCAUACUUUAACAUACAUUGGAGAAGGUGCCUAUGGAAUGGUAGUAUCUGCGUUUGAUGAAGUGACAAAAACAAAAGUGGCCAUUAAGAAGAUAUCUCCGUUUGAGCAUCAAACAUAUUGUCAGCGAACAUUACGAGAAAUUAAAAUCUUAACUCGUUUUAGACAUGAAAAUAUUAUAGAUAUUAGAGAUAUUUUACGCGUGGACAGUAUAGAGCAAAUGAAGGAUGUGUACAUCGUGCAGGCUCUCAUGGAAACGGAUUUAUAUAAACUGUUGAAAACACAGCGACUCAGCAAUGACCAUAUAUGUUACUUCCUCUAUCAAAUUUUGCGUGGACUAAAGUACAUACAUUCGGCAAAUGUAUUGCAUCGAGACUUGAAACCGAGCAAUUUAUUGUUAAACACAACUUGUGAUUUAAAGAUUUGUGAUUUUGGUUUGGCUCGUGUUGCAGAUCCCGAUCAUGAUCACACUGGUUUUCUCACCGAAUAUGUCGCGACCAGAUGGUAUCGGGCACCCGAGAUUAUGUUGAAUUCGAAGGGUUACACAAAGUCAAUUGAUAUUUGGAGCGUUGGCUGCAUCUUAGCUGAGAUGCUAAGCAAUCGACCGAUUUUCCCAGGAAAGCAUUAUUUGGAUCAGUUGAAUCACAUUUUGGGUGUUUUGGGCUCCCCAUCAGCAGAAGAUUUGGAAUGUAUUAUAAAUGAAAAAGCCCGAAGCUACCUCCAGUCAUUGCCAUAUAAGCCAAAAGUACCAUGGACAAAACUAUUCCCGAAUGCCGAUCAGAAAGCACUCAAUUUACUUGACCGAAUGCUGACGUUCAAUCCACACAAUCGAAUUACGGUUGAAGAGGCAUUGGCCCAUCCAUAUUUGGAACAAUACUAUGAUCCAGGAGAUGAGCCUGUUGCUGACAGCCCAUUCAGACUAGAUAUGGAGUUAGAUGAUUUACCACGCGAUGAAUUGAAACGAUUGAUUUUCGAGGAGACAAUGCGUUUCUUACAUCCACAAGAUAAUGCAGCAGCCAUGUAAACUCGAUAAAUUAAAUACGUCAUAUUCCUUCUAAUAACAUUUGAAAACUGUCUAAUAUGUGUUAUCUUCGUUCAUUUUUCUCUUCAAUGGGCAAAUGACUCAAUCCAUAAACGAAAUGAGGUAUGAACAACUCACAGACAAAUGAUAUACAAUAUUCUUUUUAAAAAAACUUAUUACACAUGAAAUAAUGGUACAUAUGUACAUGGUAUACUCAGCAAAAAUCAAACAUAUUUUAUACAUUGCAUACGGUUCGAAAAUUAUUGAACAUAAUUAAUUGACCGAGCUGUAUUGAAUGCGCAAUUAUAAUUUUUCACGCACACAAAACAACACACAAUUCAUAGAAUGAGAAAGCAACAAAAAUAUGCCAUAAAACUACUACGUAUGUUGAAUUCAAGUUUUUUUUUGUUUCGUUCUCUGUAGAUGUGUUGUUUAUGACAAAAAUUCGUGCAAUUGAGCAUCCAAAAAUAAUUCAAUCAAUAAAUCAUGAACAUGAUUCAUAGAGACAUGUGCUUAAUAUUUGCACAAAGUAGAAUUAAAGUUCGAAAAAUGAUCGGCGAGAGAUGUUUCAAUAAACAUGAUCUUGCUUGUCUGUGUAAAUCGUAAAAUGUACGAAAUGUGUUUGAUUUUUGUACUACUUUACUGCAUAUAUGCUAAAUAUGAUGUUUUUUUAAGUACAAUAUAUCUAUUUUUAUGUGUGAGUCCAUUAUUUCCAUAUUUGUAAAGAUAAUAUUCAAGCAAAAGUGCAACCGAGAGGAACAUUUAAAAAAAAAAUCAAAUUGGAAUAUUAUGACUCUUUGACCUCGAAAUGUUACACAUUUUUUUCCGAUUUUCCGAUUAUAAUUAGUCAACAUUAGAGUAUUAUUAUGAAAUUUUGUCUUUUAAAUCGUUUCAAUUUUUAUCAUAUAUUAUAUAGAGCAAGGUGAAACGAUUAAUAUUUUAACAACAACUACUACAAAAGCAACUUACUGAAUGACGCGAACAUACAAAUGCAUGCUACAUAUAUUAUACAUUUUUCAAUUAAAUUCUUCUUCGAUCAAAAUUAUUGGUAAUGUUUUUAUUUUUCUUCAAAAAAAAAAUGUACUUACUUCGCGUAUAAAAAGUAUUGUGAUUCAUCAGAAGUCCGCACUUUUUAUUUGAAUGGCAUUCCUUAUUUAGACAAAAUCAAAACCGGCUUUUUAAUAAUUCUAUUCAAAUUGAUAUGGAAAUAUUCAGUUUUCUUUUUGUUCGCUCUAAUAAACAUUAAAAAAUUAGUUAAACGAAAGGAAUUGAAAUACAGAAAUUAAAUGUUAUAUAUAUAUGCUAAAUUUAUGCAAGAAAACAUGUGUAAUUGUACUAUUUUAUGUCAAUUGAUUUAUUAAUCAAAGUGCAGGAAACCAUUGGUUGUGUGUGUGAAUUAACUCACCUUCCAUUUUUUUUAAUGUGAAAUAUAAUACGAUACUCCAGUUAUUUCGUUCAUUUGAAAGAUAUAUCUGCACCAAACAAUGUAUUUUUUUUUUCUCGAUUAUAAUAUAACUUCCAUUAUAUCAGUCAAAA